GGAAGAAGGGGAAAUGACAUUAAUCAUAAGGUAAUCGGGGGGAUGGGGGAGAAGCUGAAGAACAUUGUACGGUGCCUUUUCGCAUCUGCGUUCUGGCAUCCGCCACACCGGGUCGCGGCCUCACCGUUGCCUGCCAAUGAGAACCAUGGCACGUGGCUGGGAAAGGAGCUUCUCAGCCACACCGCCAUCGCCAGGUGCAGAUCAAUUCACCACCAAACCGCAUUUCUCUUGAUUGGUACUGGCAGAUACCACAGCCAUACUCCGGACAGAUCCAACUAACAACCGUAUGCCGCUUGAGGCAUAGACUCUGCUGCAGGCUACUCGUAAACUGCCGGCUUAAGUUGACACCGUCUACCAGGCCACGUCGGGCCUCCCGAGCAAACAUGACCUCAUGGAUCGGUACCUAAGGUACCCAAUGGAUACACUGCCAACACUUCUUGCCCAAUCCACGGAACUGCUGAGAACCGCCUGCAUCGGGCGGACAGUCGGUGCACCGCUGGUCAAUGGCUAAACUAUGAUUGGAUUCUCUGGUGAAGGCGAACCAAGCCGAAGGCAAUUAGAAGACAGUUAGAUGUUUCAGAACUAGGCUAAAUCUCGCCUAUACUACCUUCUACUAUGGUCCAUGUGAAGAGUGAGAAGUAAAUACGAAGUUGAUUCGACAUGUGGAAUGUGCUUUCUGUAUAGAUAGAGUCCACCUGGUGUUCGUUGUCUAUGAAAUAUUGCCCACUUUUUCACGCUACUUGACACCGCAAUUUGAUGUCUCCAUCGAUGCGUCUGUUUGUCUGUCUACGUGAAUUAUAUUCCUCUCUCUGUCUUUUUUUUUUUUUUAAAAAA